GAGAUAUUAUUAGGAAUAUGUCCAUGAUUCCAUGUUUCCAUGUUUCCAUAAUUCCACAAUUCCAUAUUCCACCGUCUUGAGAAACUUGUGAAUUCCUGACAAAUGAGGAACUUCAUCCGAAGCUCUGACUUUCUUCUUGGUCGGUCUAUCUCUCACUCGAUCAACUCACUCGACUCACUCGACUCGCUCGACUCACUCACCACUCACUAUUCUGUUUCUCUUUUCCAUCUACUACCUACCGACCCAGCACGCAGUAGUCCUUCAUUCUCCUUUCUCCAAUCUUUCCCUCUCUUCCAACGCUUCUCAUACGACACGUUCUCCAAUUCUCCAUAACUCAUCUCAUCAUCUCAUACCUUAUUUCCCAACUCUCCACUUCUGCUUCUUUCAUCCACUUUCGCAGCCAGCAUUGCGUGAAACUAAAUAAGAAACACGUCCUUGAUCUGCCAUUUUCCCUCAUUUAACGAUUUCACGACGGGAGGAAAAAGCAACUUGCGAAUUCUUGUACAUUCAACUGUUCAACUGUAUUGUAUGUCUCUGUAUAAAUUUGUAAUUAUACCGAAGAAGUACUCUCUCCAUUUGUCGAGAUAACUUUCCUUGACCAACCAACGACUUCAAUUCAAUUCAUUUAUAUUCUAUUCGUUUCGCCUUCGACUUUACAUCCAAUACGUUUUUUAUUAAUCACUAUUUUCUCACCGUCAUAUCAUGUCGGGAAUCUUAAGCAAGCGACAGCUUGCGCGGAAUGAGCAGGCACUUCAAGAACUUGUGAAGUUGCCAGGAAACAGUGUUUGCGCAGACUGCCAGGCUAGGAAUCCAGGAUGGGCAAGUUGGAGUCUGGGAAUAUUCUUAUGUAUGCGUUGCGCGGCAUUACACCGAAAGCUGGGAACACACAUCACAAAAGUUAAAUCAUUGAGUAUGGAUUCAUGGUCGAAAGAUCAAGUAGAUCAUAUGAAGAAGACUGGAAAUGUCGCGUCAAAUCGAAUCUACAAUCCUCAAAAUACUCGACCUCCGAUCCCUAUUGAUGCCGAUGAAGCAGAUUCGGCCAUGGAACGAUUUAUACGACAGAAAUAUGCCAACGGACCGUCAGCCCAGAGACGGAAUAACACUGGCAGUUCGAGCUCAGACGAUCAUCCUCCACCGCUUCCUCCCAAAAAUGGGACCAAAUUCGGCUUCAGAUCGGCUUCUUCAAUUUUCCCCCUAUCCUCAAAGGCGAAAAAAGACAAUGCAGAUGCGCGGGCAGAAUUCGAUGAUUAUAGCCAAGCGCCAUCACCUCCGCGAAAGAAUAAACAUUCCAGAAUAUUCGGAACUUCCCUCGAUGCAACAGAUGAUCUCGAGUCAAAGUUGGCGAAAUUGCGAGAGCUGGGGUUCAGAGAUGAGAAGAGAAAUACGACUGUGCUAAAAGGCUUGAGUGGAAAUUUGGAGAAAGCUAUUGAAACUCUAGUUCGACUCGGCGAAGGUGGCUCCAGUGCAAGAACGGCAUCGUCUAUAAAUUCUUCUGGGCCGCGAACCCCAGCUAGCCCACCUGGUCUAUCAUUUGACCGACCUCAAGCAACCAGUCCUACGAUAUCAUCGGCCUCGAACAACCCAUUUGAUAGGCUUGAUAAUCCGGUAUUUCCUCAAGUACAAUCCACACAGUCUACCGGUUCAAUGGCACAAGGACAAAAUCAGAUGAUGGAAGGAAAUCCAUAUCAGAAUAUUGCGAGCACAAAUCCAUUCGGAUUAAUGCCGUCACAGUCACAAAUUAAUCUCAACCAGGCCUUUCAAAAUAUGUCGGUAUCUACGACACAGCCUCUCUUCCCUCACCACACAGGGGGGCUGCCUGGUUCUCAACAACCAUCUGUGCAGCAAUUAUAUCAGCAAUCUAUGACACCUCCCGUUCCUUCCCUACCACAAAACUACUAUGCUCAUGCUCCAACCUCAUACAAAAAUCCAGGUCAACAGCCUCAAUCACAGCAGAUAGAUCGAAACAACUCAAAUACUAAUCCAUUCAUGCAACAAGCAUCACCGCAACCAGUCAUCAACACCAAUCUUCAAUCGAACCCUUAUAUGCAACAACCGGUGAUGCAACAACCUCUAUUUGCGAGUCCAGUCACUCAAACACCACAACAGCAGUAUCCGCCCGGAGGCUACAACAUGGGAGUGCAGAACCCUCCACAACAAAUGAAUCCUUUCUUUAACCAGGCGAGUGUGCAGCAGCAACAACAGCAGCAACAAAAUCAACAGCAGCAACAGCAACAACAGUUACAACAACAGCAACAACAACAACAACAACAGCAACAGCAACAACAACAACAACAACAACAACAAAGAUCGCAAUUGCAGUAUGGAUAUCAGCAGCAACAGCAACCGCAAUCACAAUAUCAACAACCUCCAGUCCAACCCCAGCAAUCUCAGUAUGAUCAAUAUCGACAGCAAACUUACCCAAUGAUGCCCCAGCAGACUGGACGAUUAGUUGAUAAGCGCAGUAUUUUGGAUCUUUACAAUUAUCCUCAAUUAGCGCCUACUCAGAUUCAACAACAGCAACAACCAGAACCUAUGCAACAACAGGUACCUCAAGUCGCGGAAAUGCCCCAGCCUAACGGACAAAUGCCAGGCGGCAGUAAUAACCCCUUCAUGUCCAAUGUGCCGGCAGUACAGGCCACAGCCAACGGAUCUGGUAGACAAAUUAGUCGUGAGAGUAUGAUGGUAGAUGCUGGCAGUUGGCAAAAUGGGAGACAUAGUCCAGAUGCAUGGGGACAGAUUAGUGGGAGGCGGUAAAUAAAGAAGAAAUGUAUAUUUAACAGGGAGAAUAAAUAAUUCUUGGCCUAGGAAUAAGUUAUCAAGAAACUACGAAAUGAAAUUUGAACACUGCAGUAAAGACGAAUUCUUUUCCAAGACGACAUACCAUGUGCAGUCUUCGUCCUAUUGUAAUUUUACUUUUUUCCUGCAUGUCAGUAAAUGCGGUGAAAGCUUCCUAACAAAUGAAACCUCCGGAUCUCA